UGUAAUCAAUAGUUUAUUUGUAGUAAGUAGUUUAUUGUUUUUGCUUUUUUUGGCUUCUCAUUUUUUUAAAAUCAUUUUUUAGGUAUUUAGUUUUAUUAUGUUUGCCUUAGGUAUCAGUGCCUUAGAUACAUUACUUAAAUAUGGUACAAUAUUACAAUUAGCACCACCAGCAAUAUAUGGAACGGUUAUAUUUACUGGAUUACUUGGUAUGAUAGCUGCAGCUGUUGGAUUUUUUGGUUUAUGGAAAAAAAUGAAAAUUAUCGCCUUUGUGCAUAUGAUUAGUUUAGGUAUAGCAACAUUGAUGAAUAUAAGUAUUGGUAUUGCAGCAGCAGCAACUCAAGAUAAAUAUAAAACAGAUGCUCAACAAUCAUUACUCAGUUCUAUUUCAAGUUAUAAUCAAAGUCAAUAUUCAUCGGAAUUCGAUAAAUUACAUACUACUUUCUAUUGUUGUGGAGCUAAUUCAUACAAAGAUUUUAAAACGUAUAACAUGAAGAUACCACCGUCUUGUAGAGUUGGUGAAUUGACCUAUGCAACAGGUUGUAUUGAAGAACUUUAUGUUUUAUCACAGCUAUACUUCAAGGUGCCUAUUUGGGUAUUUCAAUAUGGAUGAUUCGUAAAUCGGAUGAUGGAGUAGCUUUCGCUGCAUAAACAUUGUAUUGAAGAAGAAAAAAAAACGUUUCAUUUCGUUUUGGUUUAAACAAUUCAAAAACAGACUUCAUUUCUAAGAAGAUAUCAUUCACUACUUAAUGAAUUCACUGAAGAUAAUAAAGAAAAACUAACAAAAAUAUCAAUUUUUUUUAUUCUCAUUCGAUAUUGAUUCUGACACCUUUUCUAGGCUGAACACAUUCAUAGCGGGUUGAUUGUUUCUUAGUAAAAACAAAAAAAAAACACAACAACAACUGAUCUUAUCAACAAUAAAUGUAAAAUGGAUGUUAUUUAUUAUUCUAUCCAUCAAUCUACCGAUGACUGAAUA